AUGGCCGCGACCCAAGAGCCCGAGCACCUGCGUGUCACGUACAACGAUGUGCACAACCUCAUCCGUCGCAGCGCCGAGAAGAUCGCGGAGUUCAAGCCGGACCUGCUCAUUGCGAUUGGCUUCUUCCCCGCGCGCGUCAUGCGUACGUUCCUGAAGAACCCCGAGCGGAAAGGAAACAUCCCCAUCCACGCAAUCGGGCUGUCCCUCUACGAGUCCCUACCGGGCCUCACCGCUGAGCAGAUCGGCGCGCAGGUCAUCCGCACCCAGUGGCUCGGGCCUGAGUCCGGCAAGCUCCUGCUCGGCAGACGUGCACUCAUUGUGGAUGAGGUGGAUGACUCUAGGAAGACUCUCCACUACGCCGUGACGGAAUUGCAGCAGGACGUCGAGCGCGAGCUCGCGCUGCUGCCGGAAUCCGAGCGCGAGGCGAAGCGCACGAAGUUCGCUGUGUUCGUCGUGCACAACAAGCUGAAGCCCAAGCUCGGGGAGAUCCCGAGCGACAUCCCAUAUUACGCCGGGGACGAGAUCGAAGACGUCUGGCUGGACUACCCUUGGGAAGCAGUGGACAUCGAGGAGCAUGAUCGCCUCGCGGCGGAGGCGAAGGCAAAGGCGCGCCAAGCGCAGUCGUAG